AUGGAACUCGACUGCUGUUUGCCUGGAUCGGAUAGCGAAUUGCUUAUUCCCCGCCAUGAUCCACCGUUGCAGGAUAUUCGCAAUUUGUUAAAUUCGGCGGAGGGAUCGCAUGGCAGUGGGAUACGCCAUCGGCAGGAACGGAUCUGGAAGAAAGUGGUGUCCAGUGCCCAGAUUCCGCCUCAGACCGUUUUCGGCCCUUUGGUGGCUCCCUUUGCCGAGAAAUGCAGCGAUGCCUAUGUUUACGCAUUUCCCAGCGCGGACGACGGACAGCUGCGUUUCUUCCAGCUGGACUCAGAGCUCUUCUCCAACUGGAUGCGCUACGUGCGUUUCGCGGAGAAUCCGGCGGAGGAGAAUCUGGCCGUCUAUCUCCGCGGAUCCCAAAUCGUCUUCGUCACCGUUAGGAGCAUUCUCCCCGGCGAAGAACUCAAAGUCUGCUAUUCUGCCAAGUACGCCAAGACCCUCGGACGCGGCAAGGCGCAGAUGGAGAGACAAGCAAGCGAGAGUUUUGGUGCAACAGCUCUGGAGUUUGUCGAGCACAAGAAGAACGCUACAUCGCGAUACACUCCUCAAGCGACAACGGAAACUUGCUCAAGGAUCGGUCCUUCCAAUUCGGUUAGCGAUUCAUUAGGGACGCAGAUGACUGAAAAUGACGAAAGUGUCCUUUCGCCUUUGCCAGUAUUGCCCAGCACACAACGCCCUGCGCAAACUUUCAACGGAGGUGAAAGUGUUCUGCCGCCGGCCAAGCGCAGAAGAUGCCUGGCAAAUACAAUCGCGAAUGCGCCUUCUCCGCUUACAAGCCAUGCAUCUGCACAUUUGAAAAUAGACGCCCAUAAAAGUGUGUCACUUUCGCCGUCGCCGACUAUGAGCAGUGGCUCAGCACCGGUUAAGGCAAAGACGAUACGCGAAGAUUCUCCUGAGAUCAGUGCGGAGAAGAUCUCAAGGAAAAACUCCCUUCGGUCAGCGGUACUGGAAAUCGUUCCACCUAUAGAAACCGAUCAGAAUACGUGUGAUGGUAGCACAGAAACACUGUGGACGGAGAGGUAUCAUACCGCUAUGGAUGCCGACAUUGAUUCUGACUGGGCUCCGGAAAACGAUGAAACGCGUGAUGGUAAUAGAGACUUGAAACCACUGGAAAUUAUAGAAAGAAUUGCAGGCGGGCAGAGCUCGAAAUCUAAGGGAAAGCGAAAGAGGCCGAAGUAUCAGAAACAAGAGUGCCCGGCGUGCCACCGCAUGGUGUUUAAAUUAAAUAAACAUGUCAACCAAGAACAUUCCGAAUAUGCGUCGGCGAAUUACAAGCAUGCUUGCGAGACGUGUGGAAUGCGGUACCAGACGAUGCCUAAUUUACGCAUCCAUAUAACAACGUAUCAUCCGGGAGUAACCAUAAGUGGAAUGGAGCCAACCGCGGAAUCGCGUCAGCUGGCCAUGGAAUACAUGCAAAAGACAGGAUAUUAUUCGUAUUUUUGUCCCAGCUGCAAUAAAUAUUUCCUGGAUAAAUCUUUAUUGGAUAUCCAUGAACUGUCACACCGAGUCCUGGAGGAUUUCCAAUGGCGGCCGGAGCGAACAUGCCCAGUGUGCGCUUUCACGGGAGCCAGUUUCGCCGAAUUGGCGCUGCACACGGCAGAUCACGCGAUUAAUCCCAAGGACAGAAAGCAAUGUCUCCUUUGCCCCCGGCAAGUUUGUAAAUUGUCGACACAUUAUGCAAAGGAUCAUCCAGAGUACCGGGAAAUAAUUUCCAGCGAGUGGCAUUUUGAGUGCCAAGAGUGCGGGGUGAAGCUGCGCUCCCAGAAUCAACUGGACGUCCAUACGCGGACACAUGCAAAAAGACUGUACAAAUUUCGUUGCUUGUAUUGCGCGCUGCAAUUCGAGAGUGGCAUUGCGCAUAGCAAACACAACCUAACGCAUCAGCGGGACGGCGUCUAUCCGUGCCCCCUGUGCCCGCGCACGUUCCCCCGGUACAAGCCAUUCCGGACGCACUACCAACGGCAGCAUGACGUCAAGAGCGUGCUGAUCUGCGAAAUCUGUCAAGCCGUCUUCCGGAGGAGAGAUCGCUUGAGGGCGCAUAUGCGAUUGCAUAAUGAAAAUGCGCCGUCGUAAGAGUACCGGUUGGCGUGCAUCGAAUACGGGAAGUGAUCCUUGGAGGUCGUGUCGUCAUGAGCGAUCAGAGAGGCAUCUGGAACAUUACCAGAAAGACUGCCUCGCUAGGUGCAGGAAUGUCGUCAAAGCAAGACAUUCCGCCGAAAAAGACUGGAAUAGCUAGAAGAAUUGCGGGAUAGUGCUCGUGUUCUGAUUGUUGAAGGAUUCUUACAUAAUCGUGUAGUAUUAUGCGGGCCAGUUACCGGAAUCUUUUUCAGCAUACAGCAUUGUGUGUACAACUGCAUUAAAGUUUUUUUUUCAGAUCAAUUUGCCGCAUUGAUUAAUCAGUGAUGACUGCGAUCAGUUUCGGCGAAUUCAUGUUGAUCAGCUUCGCGGUUGUAAAUACUGAAUAUCUAUACGAUAUACUGAGUUUAUAGUACUAAUAUCUGUACAAAUACAGAUCUUGAAUACAUAUUUAUGUUACGUUUCAUCGCUUUUGGCAAUAUCGUCAGCGUUUGUGUUUGUACGUUUACGUACGUUUUUCGGGCGCU